AUGACACGUUAAUAAAUCAUGGGGAUGGUGACCACAUUGGCAUGCUAACAAACCGCGUUCACGGCGGCCGUACUGAUACUCUAACAUUUUGUUGGACACCUUGUUGGUUCAACGACUUAAUUGCUCCUCGUAAUGCACCCCUUAAACGCUUUUAAUUACACAACACUUGCUACCUCUUUGCUCAAUUACUGUACUAUUCUGCAAUUGCUUUGCUCUUUAUUUUUAUUUCGUUACCACCAUCGUACUUCGUAUUCUCUGUUUCUCUUUAUUCUUUUAUUCUUACUGUUGCCCUCGUUUUAUAAUUGCCGUCCUUACUAAUUCUAAUUCGUUAUCUUCGUCAUACAAAUUUCAUUAACUUUUUGCCACGGAUAUAUGAAACUCGUUUCACUCUAUCGCCGAUUUUCAUUAUCUCGCUUCGACUUUUAAUUCGUGCAACUUGUAACCAAUAUCGUCCACUGCUUCUUUCUAACAACUACUACACUCUCUUUUAUUUUUUUUUUUUUUUAUAAUAUUUUCAUGUCGUAUCCAAUUUGAACUUCUGGAUGACUAAAAUCCUUCGAAUCUUUGCCAACAUCGUCUCAAUACUGUUUACGAUUUAAAAUUACUUGAAACAAAUGUAAAUGAAAUUUUUCGACUUUGAAAAUGAUUCGAUCGGUCGUGCUUCCUGACGUCGAUCAUCCGGUAUCCUAAUCGGUUUGACUGAAACGCGGUAACGUGUGCGGUUCCGUGCGCAAACUCGCCGUCGAAUUCCGUAAAUGCGGCCUCGUUGUCCGUCCCGGCUGACGUGUAUUUCGCGUGUAAACGAAACGACACCGCUUUCGCGGGUGUCAUCGAUACAUCGCUGUUCAACCGAUCCUCGAUUGAUCCACUCGUUAAUUACCGCGAAUCCCCCGGAACUAAUCACCAUUGCGGCGACACUGUCACGGGUCACCGAUCGAUCCUCGUUUGUCCGUGUUCCUUCCUUCCGGCCGUUUCUCUGAAUUCCGCUCCUCUCGCUCGUUUUGUAUUUGUUCGCGCCUCCCUUUCAUCCGCGUUCUCCUCUUUCUUUUCCUUUUUAAAUUGAAACGCCGCGUCAUUGUCUGUUAUUGCCUUAUCUCACUUACUGUUUAUUUGCACUUCGAACAAUUAUCAUCGAACGAUGAUUUAUUUGCAAAUUUGCUCGUCAAUUCCUCUACUUGUACGUUUCUUUGUAAAUUAAACUUCUCGUCCCCUUCGGUGAAUUUUACUGCUCCCACUACUGUUUUCACUAUUGCAACGAUUCUUUUUGAUCAACGGUCUUCCUUUCAACUUCACUUGAUGAACGCUCUUGCAAAUUGCAAUUUCCACUACGCAUGUGAAUUCACACUCUCUGCAUUCUGGCUUUAAUAUUUCUUGUUUCUGCGUACUGUUGUUUAAACGUGACGAUUAAUUUUUUUCUUUUCUUUCUUUUGACUCUGACACUCGCAACAAUUUUUCUCCCUCUCCAUUCCCAUUGUCGCGACAUUCUUUUUCUUUAAUUCGACAGCCUUGUUAUUAGGCACCCUGAAGACCUAUCAGCGCGCAGCCUGUGACGAGGAGUCGAUGACGCUGAAGUGUCCAGUUGGUACCACUAUCUCCGUCGUUCUAGCUCAAUACGGCAGAGCAGGGUCAAAUGGCACCGACAGGUGCAGCUCGUCCGAUCCAUCCGUGUACAUCGGAGACAGAUUGACGAAUCUGACUUGCAUCUGGCCGCAGUCGUUGCAGACUCAUUCUGAAACAGCGUAUAGUCUAAAAGGUGUUCCGUCCCUCAAUGUAUUUCCAUCGGGUAUUAUUUCAGUUUGGCGAGGCAGCAUCGUCGAUCUCAAAACGGGAAACGGAAAAUUUCCGUGGUUAGCCAGUUACGAGGAUUAA